AUUGUUGAGUAAUUUUUUUCCAUUUAUUUUUUUUCAAAUUUCGUGAGAAAAAUUAUUUUGUUUCACCAAUUUUUAAUUCAAUUUUAUUUUAAGAAAAGAAGAAAUUUUUUGCAUUAUUUUAUUUUUGUGUUUUUUUUUUAUUGUUGUUUUUUUUGUUUUUUUGCUUUCGGGUAUUUUUAUUCUGAAAGUUCUCAAAUUGAAAGCGGAAAAUACGUGCGCGGUGUGAUUUUUUUUCUGUUUGAGUUUUAAAUUCAAUUGAAAUGCAAUUUAUUUAAUUUACAAAAUUUUAAAUAAGUGACAACACAAAAUAUGAUCACAAAUCAAAAAAAAAAUUAUUGUAAAUUACAUACAAUAAAUAUAUAGGUAAUAUACUUCAAAUUAGUUAACAAACAAUUACUAAUUAAAAAUACUUGUAUAACUUAUAAAAAUGAAUAAAUUUUUAAGUGAUUUUAUAAAAAAAAUAUACUUGUACCUUUCAAAAAGUGAAUGAAAAAAAAUAGUGAAAAAAAAAAAAAAUAUUAAAUAAAUCUUAAUGAAAAAAUACUCAGCUGUCAAAAAUUUUUAAUGUGAAUUAUCAGUCCAGUUAUUAAAAUCAAAAAAAAGGAAAAAUGUUUAAAAUUUAAUUAAAAAAAAAAAUAAGUAAAUAAUUUAUUAGUUUAUUAUUCUUUCAAAAAAUAAAUAACAUUUUAAUUAUCUUAACAAAAUAUAAAACAAGAAUCUUAAAAAAAAAAAAAAUUCAUCCAGAAAAACACGAAAGCAUUAAAAGUUUAUAAAAUAAGAAAAAAAUACAAAAAGAAUGUUAAAAAUUCAAACAUAUUUGACAUGCGUGAAUGAAUAAAUGCUGCUCUAACGUAAUUUAAUAUAACAUAAAUAAUAUGUGUAUGUGUAUAUGUCGUAUGUAACAGCAAAAUAUUAAGUAAUCUAUAAAGUUCGUAAAAAACGUAAACGCAUAUUUGAUGUACUUAAUUUCCGUCGGCGGCGGCGGUGUUCCAAUUGCACAAUUUUUGUUUGUUUUGUUUUUUUAUUUGCUGUUCAAUACGGUAUCUUAAACAUUAUAUAUCAGAGACUCAGAGUAAACAAUUUCCAUUAGUUGCGGUUCAUUGAGUUCUCUUUCAUUUAAAUUUUUUUUUAUUUUAAUAAAAGAAAAAAAAUUUUUUUUUCAUGUAUUUGUUUAGAAAUUUGUUAAUAAUUUGAAAAAAAAAGAAAGAAAUAGUUAACAAAAAUAAAAGCAAAUUUUAAAAAAAAAAAUGAGGUUAUGAAUGUCAAAAUACAUUAAAGUUGUAAACAAAUAAAAAUUUAAGUUAUUUUUUUUUUCUUAUUUUUCAUUUUAUAAAUUUAAAUUUUAAUAACUUAAAUCUUUACAUAAAACGAUAUACUUUGUGUAUAUAUAUAUAUAUACUUUAUAUACAUAAUAAAUUCAUAUGUACUUAAAAGUAUAACAUAAUUAAUUUUUACAAAUUAUUUAAUUGAAAAACAAAAAUAAAAAAUAAAUCAAAACGAAUAAAUUCGUUAUAUUGACAGCUACAUAAUAAUAAUUAUCCCUCUGGCGGUCAAACCAAAAAAAAAAAAUUUGUUUACAAAACAUAAUAUCACAAUAUUUAUUUGAAAUAUAAUUUUCCUAUAAGAAUACAAAAAAUAUUUUGAAGUUAUUCAAACUAGAAGAGAAAAAAUAAUUAAAAAGGAGAAGAAAUAAUUCAACAAAAAAGAAAAAAGUCCUUAAAAACUUUUUUUUUUUAUUUUAUAUACCAUCCAAAGUUUAAUUUAAUUUUUUUCACCAUUUUUCUAACAAACGGCCACGAAGUGGAGAACUUUUAUCUUAGGAUGGAUCCAACGCGAGGUGACUCGCGGUAUAAUCUUAAUUACGGUAUGGGCGGUAUUGGUCUGAGUUUAGCAGAUCAAGCCGACCUAUACGGUAAUCCAGCUGCUGUAUUGGCAUCUGGUGGAGGUGGUGGUUUAAAUAACCGGCCACCAAGUGGUGGAUUAAUACAAUCGAUGGGCGGCGGAGGUGGUGGUAGCGGUAGUGGACGUUCAUCGAGUGGUCUUAUGCAUCAUAGCUCUACCGGUGGUAAUUCAAGUAAUCAAUGUCAAACACUUGGUGGCAGUGGUGGAAAUUCAAAUCAACAACAGCAACAACAACAACAACAACAACAAUCAUCUCGUGGUAUAAAACGUACUAGUUCAGGUUGUUAUGAAGACCAUCAUCGUAAUAGUGCCGGUCAACAAAUGAGUUCACAAGGUCUACAAAAUUUAGAUAAUUGUGGACCAGGUGGACAACAUAGCGGUAAUGGUACACCACAAGAUAUGGUUGGCGGUGGUAGUGGUGGUGGUGGUGGCGGCGGUAGCGGUAAUCCUGAUGAAAAUUAUACAUCAUUACAAACAAAUAAAAAAAGUCCACCGGCUAAUGGAAAAAAGACAAAAGGACGUGUUAAAAUUAAAAUGGAAUAUAUUGAUAAUAAAUUAAGGCGUUAUACAACAUUUUCAAAACGAAAAACUGGAAUCAUGAAAAAGGCUUAUGAAUUAUCAACGUUAACUGGUACACAAGUAAUGUUAUUAGUAGCAUCAGAAACUGGUCAUGUUUAUACAUUUGCAACACGUAAAUUACAACCGAUGAUAACAUCAGAAGCUGGUAAACAAUUAAUUCAAACAUGUUUAAAUUCACCGGAUCCACCGCCAACUGGUGGUACCGGUGAUCAACGUAUGUCAGCAACUGGAUUUGAAGAAACAGAAUUAAGUUAUAAUAUAGCAGAUGAAGAUUCAAAAGUAAGACAAUUAAUAUAUAGUCAUGGUCAUCAUGGACAUGCUCAUUUAGGUCAUCCACAAGCACCAAGCCAUUAUGGUUUAGAACAAAGUUUAAUGCAAUCACCAUAUUCAGGUGGACAGCCAUCACCUUUAUCACAUGCACAAGCAUAUGCACCACAUGGUGGUCAUACGCAUCAUUCUCAUGUACCACAUGUGCCACAUUCAAUGGCACAUCAUACACAACGGUAG